AACCGAAAAGGACAAAUAAUAAUAAUAAAUAAAUAAAUAAAAAUUAAAUUAUUCUAGCUGUAUUAAUUGUGUUUAUAUAUGUCUUUCAUAUUUGUACAUGAUUUUGUAAUGUUGCUCUGUAUUAAAUUAAUGAUUAUUUACUUUUUUUUCAACCCGUACUUAGAACGGGCAUCCAGCUAGUAAUGUAAUAAGAUCAAUUUGUUUUCAUCCGCAAUAAUAUUUCGAAUUCAUUAUUUAGAUAGCAAAUAUUAUUAUGUUAUUGUUUCAAACACAAGCGAAAUUUAUUCAAGAGAAAACCUCUAAUCAAUAACUUCUAAACUUCUGAAAUAAUAUAAGAAAUGAACUUAUGAGGAAGUCGCAAGUAAAAAGUUUUUGUCUAUCACUUCAACACGUGUAUCCAACUAUUAUGUUUACAUUUGCUUAUACUCUUAAUCUUACUGCUUCUUCUUACAUAAAAGAAGAAGAAAAUUCUCGACAGCGCGUGUUGUUUCGGCAGCGCGAGUCUGGAAUCUUACUGAUAACGUGUUGUUUCGACAGCGCGUGUUGUUAAUAAUUUAUCUAUGAAUCAGAUACGUCGCAGGAAGUAUACACACAGCAUCGAACUAUUGCUAUAUAAAGCAUACUUUUGCAUGUUUCCUUUUGUCUCGACAUGAAGUGUUUCAUAUUCGCCGUUUUAUUGAUCACAGUGGUAAUCCUUGUAACAGUACAAGGUCAAGGUGGUAGUCCUGGUUCUCCUGGAGCACCAGGUAGUCCAGGUUGCCCUGCUGGUCCAGGAGGCGCCGGUAGUGCAGGAGGCGCUGCUAGUCCAGGAGGCACUGGUGGUCCAGGAGGCACUGGUGGCCAGGGAGGAACUGGUUUUCCUAAUUGCCCUGGUGGUCCAGGAGGGUCAGGUGGUCCAGGAGGCCCUGGUGGUCGAGGAGGCACUGGUGGUCCAGGAGGCUAUGGUGGCCAGGGAGGAUAUGGUCAUCCUAAUGGUUCUCCUGGUACUCCUGGACCACCAGGUAGUCCAGGUAGCCCAGUUGGUCCAGGAGGCGCCGAAGGUCCAGUAGGAGCUGUUGCUCCAGGAGGUGCUGGUGGAUUGAUCAUGCUACCCUUGUAUCCAGAGUGUGCCACUUAUGGUAAAUUAAUGCACGAUAUGUUUGAAGAAAUGCGAAAUAAUAACAGAAUUGGUCCAGAACAGUGUCAAUCAGGAAAUAAUACAAUAUGCAUGUCUGAAGAUAUGAAAAAGGUUCGCUGUGCAGUAACUGAGCCAAUGCCACAAGAAUGCGUGGAUAAGAUUAUAGAGUUUGUACAAGGAAAUUCAUGUAACAGAACCGAAGUUUGAUGAAAUCGAAAUUUAAAUUGUAAUUAUAACUGUUGCCACCUUUUAUUAUGUAACAUGAAAUGUCGGUGAAAUAAAUAUAUUCAAUUAUAAAA